AUGCCGGGUACGAUUUUAGAAAACCUGAGUGGCAGAAAACUCAGCGUUUUGGUCACUUUAUUGCUAGCAUGCCAGAUAGUUUGCUUUUUGGUGGGUCUUAUUGCGCCAAGCCCUGCCAGAACUCAAGGAAUGUUGUCCACUAUCUGCGUCGAUGAAAAUCCCGAGAAUGAUAACAUCAACCGAUGGUUCACCAAGAAAUGCCCAAAAGUGAUCGUUCUUUCCAACAAGAAAUCCAUUACCGGUUUACAAGCUAAUAAUUUGGUAUUCGCCGUCCAGAUGCCACUAUACGACUUGGACUUCUCCCGCUGGCAACAAAACCUAGUCGGCAUCCUACAAAUAGACAUCGUCUACCAAACCGAGCAAAAAAUAGUAGAACCCAUCAUCGAGCUAACCCUCGACGCUAGACUAGCCUACAGCGACAAAACCCCCGAUGGGGGAACCACUCCUUGGCAAUACUAUGCUCAUGCCGAAGAAAAACGCUACAUGGAGUGCACUUUCGACAACACAGCUGUCAUUGGGGAAGAACGAGAAGGUUACCCCUACAACUGCACCAUGGUGCCUCUCUUCGAGCUUGGUUGCUUGUACCAUGACUACUACCUCAUGAACUUGCGCUUACCGUAUUCUGAAAGCAAAAACACCAACUUAGGCAAAGUUGAGGACGUUUACUUGCACACUAUUCACAUGAACGGGGGGUUCACAAAGAUCUGGGUCGGGUUGAAAACCUUCUUCUUCCCUUUGAUCGUAGGCAUCAUGGUAUGGUUCUGGAAACGGGUUCAUCAGCUGAACCGCACUCCAGCUCUACUAGAGUACGUGCUUGUUUCCUUAGGCGGCACUCUUGCCUUCCUCAACUUGCCUAUAGAGUACUUGAGCCUUACUUUUGAGAUGCCCUACAUGUUGCUCUUGAGCGAUAUCCGUCAAGGUAUCUUCUACGCCAUGUUGCUCUCUUUCUGGCUCAUUUUUGCUGGAGAGCACAUGCUUAUCCAGGAUCACGGGGAAAGGAACACCAUAAAGAUGUAUUGGAAGCACUUGAGUACUAUCGUGAUUGGUUGCUUGUGCUUGCUGGUGUUUGAUUUGUGUGAGCGAGGGAUUCAACUGGUCAAUCCCUUCUACUCUAUCUGGGUGACGCCUAUAGGCACCAACCUUGCUCUAUCUUUCAUCAUUUUGGCAGGAAUAUCGGCGAGCUUGUACUUCUUCUUUCUUUGCUACAUGAUCUGGCGUGUUUUCAAGAAUAUAAGCGUCAGAAGGUCAAUUCUCCCUAGUAUGUCCCAAGCUAGACGCUUGCACUACGAAGGCAUCAUCUACAGAUUCAACUUUCUCAUGUUGGCGACUGUCAUUUGCGCUGCUGUCACUGUCAUUUCGUUUAUUCUCUCGCAGGUGGCUGAGGGGCAGAACAAGUGGGAUGAAAACAUGGAGGUGGAGCUGACUUCGGCUAUUCAUACCGGGGUGUAUGGUAUGUGGAACGUUUAUAUUUGCGCUAUGCUGAUGCUUUAUGCUCCUAGUCACAAGCAAUGGCCUAAUGAGCCUAUUUGUGGAGAGGGGGAGGAAGUUGAGUUUAGUAGGUUGCCUGCUGAUGCGAAUGCCAGUGAAAUUUCUUCGUUGACUACUUUUGCUGCCAAGGCUAACAUCGAAUAA